UGCUGAUAAUAAUAAUAAUAUGAUGACACAAUUAUCGAAUAUGCCGUUUACAUCUUCAGCACUUAAUAAUGAUGCGUAUACAAAAAUGCCCGCUACACCUACUCAUGGAACUAUAGAUGAUUCAAAUCAAUAUGAAACACAACAAAGAAAUAACAAAGAAGAGCAUCGAAGCUUUUGGCAAGCUUUUAUGUCAUUAAUGGCUUGUGGUGGUGGUGGUACUUACUAAAUAAUAGAUUAAAUAAUGUUAUUAUUAUACAAAACUUAUGAUUUUUUUUUUUUUUAAAAAAAGUAUUAAAAUUUCU